AUGUUGGCCAUUGCAACAAAAACAUUACCCGCGUGGGCGACUGAGCUCCAGAACCCGCCAGCACACAAGUCGAAGCAGGCCGGCAUUCCCGACCCCCCGGGGUUCCCUUCGUCGCAUUCGUCGACCACCAAGAAGAAGGAUGCCAAGGACAGCAAAGCCGCGCAGCGCAAGGCCCCGACUCCCGACGAGAUGGACACACUGAAGCUCAAGAAGGCGUGGGAGGUGGCGCUGGGCCCCAUCAAGAGCCUGCCCAUGACGGCCAUCAUGAUGUACAUGUCGGGCAACUCGCUGCAGAUCUUCAGCAUCAUGAUGGUGUUUAUGGCGUUCAAGAACCCCAUCAUGGGCAUCGUCGGCACGAAUCAGGCGCUUGAGCGCUUCGAGACCGAGUCGAACCGAUCCAAGAUGCUGCAGGUCAAGCUGGCGUAUGUGGCCAUGCAGGUGGUCGCGCUCGCGCUGGGGAUAUGGAAGAUUAAUGGGAUGGGUCUGCUUCCAACCACGAGAUCGGACUGGCUGGCCUGGGAAGCGCAGCGAGAAGCCGUGGAACAUUCGGUGCCGGGGCUCUAG